UUUGAUCCAUCGGACGGCGGCACCCCGUAAAACGUAAAGGCUGCAUCGACAAGUUUGUGGUGAUAGUGAUACUUAACCAGACAUUUUGUAAGAUGGACAAGUUUUUGAUAAGGAAGGGAACAACCAGGACGCCUGUGAGUCGAAAAGUUAUUGACAGACAAAACGGAGAAUCAAGCCGCAUUCGUAACUCGCCGCCAAAAAGAGGACUGAGCGGGGAGGGGGGCGCUCCAAAAUUUCGAAAGACGUCAGGAACAACAAACACCAAAGAAGACCUGAAGUGGAGAAAAUUACGCGGAGAGAACUUCAACUGCGACUACACUGUGUUGUACAGGCCAGGUGAAGCACGGACCCUCUUACAGACGUGUGAGGAAGAACUUGUCUACAACACCGGCGACCUGGCUAAAGUACAGAUAUUUGGACAGUUCCACAACAUUCCCAGGAAGCAGGUAGCCUUUGGUGACCCCGGACUGUCCUACCGGUUUUCGGGGGUGGAGGUUCCUGCCCGACCAUGGACACCUCUCAUACAGGGGAUCAGGGACAGGAUACAGGAGGUCACGGGACACAAGUUUAACUUUGUUCUCGUUAACAGAUACAAGGAUGGACAGGACCACAUGGGGGAACAUCGGGAUGAUGAGAAAGACCUGGUACGGGACGCUCCCAUCGCCUCCCUCUCACUCGGACAGAAGAGAGACUUCAUCUUCAAACACUGCGACGCGCGCGGAAAGAACGCCAAGCGCGCCAUCGAUCCCGUCAAACUGGAGUUGGAGCACGGUAGUCUCCUGAUGAUGAACCACCCGACCAAUCACUACUGGUACCACUCCCUCCCCGUCAGGAAGAAGGCACUUGGGGUCAGGAUCAACAUGACCUUCAGGAGUAUGGUGACCUCUAAGUGACCAUUACUUUUCUUAAAAGUUAUCAUUUGUACAGUUGAUAGAUAUAUUUGGGUGAAUCUACAUUUAUCAGAUGCAUGUACAUACCAAAUUUAGAUCUAACAAUAUUGUGCAAUAUUAAAGAAUGACACUUUUAACUCUGUAAGUACAAAUGUAUUGUAAGCAGAUAAUAGAUGUAUUUCUCCUCAACCUCCUUGACUGUAUAUACUUCAUUUUUCACCCAUAUGAUCAGUUUGGCUUGAACUGUGCAUGAAUAAGAUCAAACGUGAAGGGCCUUAAGUUGUAAACAGCUCUGGUAGUGUCAUUUGGAGUCUGCUGUUUUACACAGUAAGUACCAUAUAAAAAGACACUAAUCAGGUGGCUUUUAAACUAGACAAACUUUUUUGUCUUUUCCUUUUUUUAUUCCAUCAUAAUGAUUGAGAAAUUUCUGGAAAUGCCUGUGGUUGUUUGACUUAUGCAGUUUUGCCACAGUGAAGUCACCACAACACAAAUAUGUGUUUCCAAUAUAUUACUACUGGGUAUGGUUUCACCCAAGAAUUUUAAAUGCUGUUGGUAGUACGGUACUGCACAAAGAAGUGGGACAUCUGGGGAAUCGUCUUCAACAGACUUUCUGCAAAUGGAUAAAAUAUGUAUUGAAAACAAUUAGAAAAUAUGUUUUGAUCGAGGGGGUUGUAACUGUAGAUGGAACACAGCCAAUACAAGUCACUUAUGGCUUGUCACAAGAAGCUAGGUUCGUGCACGUCCGGGCUCUCAGUAAGGGUUUUGCCCAUUGAGGCCUGUUGAAAGUACUGUACGUCUCUUUUGUCAUGCGAAUAAAAUUCCAAAAACUGUA